AUGCCUACUGCCGCCGCGGGCUCGCCCAACGGCACUAACACUCGUAAACGCAAUACAGCUUUAACGCCGGACGAAAGAUCACCCAUUUGUCGUCAAGAAUCUGACACAGCAGCAAAAGACUACAACACCAUAUCAUCAGAACAGAACACGACUACGACGUCUGCCCCAGCAGCAGCAGGAACAGAAGAACAACCCGCUAUCCCACUCGACCGAACAGCCAGCGCACAACGCGUCGCCGCCGCUGUAGAACGUGAGGAGAAAAGCGCAUGGAGCGGGUUCUGGGAGAAGUACGGGAGUGUAGAGCUGGAUAAUAAGGGUAGUGUUGCUAGGGAUCAUUUGGCUUUGGAACGUACCUUCCUAGCUUGGCUUCGCACCUCCCUCUCCUUCGCCUCCAUCGGCAUAGCAAUAACCCAACUCUUCCGCUUAAACACCUCCCUCGCAAACAGCCCCUCAUCCGACAACUCAUCCGCCUCCUCCGCGCAGGCAAAACUGCGACAUCUGGGGAAACCGCUCGGUGCCACAUUCAUCGGGAUAAGCAUAGUGAUGCUUUUGAUAGGAUUUCACCGCUACUUCGAGGCGCAACAUUACGUUAUACGGGGUAAAUUCCCCGCGUCGAGGGGAAGUAUAAUACUGGUUAGUGGGAUAGCGGGGGCGCUGAUAGGGAGUAGUCUGGUUGUGAUUUUAGUCACUGCCCCGGGGGCAUUUGAGACGUGA